CAACCACGGAGCAAUUUUCUCGUCUACGAACCGAAUGUAUACGAACACCAACACUGACACCACACUACUGCUGUGUUGGUGAUAUUGCACCUUCAAACGACACAGCACGAAGGUCGUGGAGCGAGGCGAAAAUUUUCCUUCGCCAUCUCGGCGACCCGACUCAGUUGAGGUGCGCUUUUCUUCGGAGCAAGACCCCGAGGUCCGGUGCGCUGGAAAUUUGCUGAGCGUGGACGAGAAAAAUCACAUUCAACGCCUCCCUGCUCCCUUGGUUCAUUCUCUGUGCCUAGUGCACUGGUUGCACCACCCCACCCGGCACAGGUGUGUAUACUGUGGCAAAUACAGUUGAGUGGGCGCGUAUGAGAGGCGGCUACUGUCCGGGGAUAAUGCUGCAUAAAUGAAAAAUAAAAAAUAAGUCAGAGACGACACCAAGGGAAUAACAAAAAAAGCCGACGAUGUCUGCGAGUUCGAUUUUUCACCGUGAAUCAGUGUAGUGAGCAUUUGGUGGGGGGGGCUCUAUCAACAUCGAUGCUGGGUGUUUGACUGUGUAUAAGUAAAGCUAGCUGUGCUGUGAAAGGCUAAGUCGGCGAAGAAAAGCAAAAAAACCCCUUAUACUAAGUGCCUCCAGGCAAUCGGAGACCCACUUCCAACCACAAGCGUUGAAGCAAGCAUGAUAGCGACGACGCCAACGAUAGCGAGUUGCUGGCAAAUGAAACGACGUUCAAUAAAGGAUUGUGUGCGUGCGUAUCGAGAGCGUUCCGUUCCGGGAAAGGUUAUAUGCUCGUAGUGUGCGCUAGUGGGCGCGUGUGUGUGUGAAUGUUUGUGAAUGUGUUUGUGUGCUAUUUGAGUCUACUAAAGUGGUUAAAAUCAAAAUCAAUCAAGCGCAAAGUUCGGAGUCUCUACCACCAGCCAUGGUUUUUUUUAGUGAAAGAUGGAACAGUGUUAAUGUAAGCCAUGUACCCGUCAAACAAAAGGAUUACUAAAGGAUUAUGUAAAUACAAGUGAUUUAGAUAAAUGUGACUAAUGUAGAGGAAAAUGCACCCCGGAUUAUUAUCUUUCAUACAUAACUGCAUCGUGAAGUGCUUAUGGAUCAUGCAACGCUGAUCGGACAGCAGAAAUACAACCUUCAUCGUUCGGAUUAUUAGUAGCAAUAAGAAGUAGACGAUUCGCUGUCGUGUUUGCACCAUGUGCUCUUUUCUCGAUACCAUUCGUGUUUUCCAUUCUCAACUACUAUCUCUCGAAACAACGAAACCUGAUACACGAGUGGUGCGUGCAUAAAUGUGUUCAGUCCAAACGCAACACUUUCAUCUACAAGUGUGUUCAUAAAAAUUGGAAUAACCUACGUGAAACAGCGACGAUCGACCUCGUGGCAACAUCGAAGGUGACUUCAAAAUCUUGUCUGCACUCGGUGAGCUGCACGUAUAUGGUUCAUAAAAUACAUUCCAGAGGGCAGUAAAAAAAAGAACACCCGUUCGUCGGUCGCCAUUUAAGAACAGUAUCCACAGUAUCGAGAGCGGGACAGCGUUGCACAGCGUUUGGCUUCUAGCAAAACUUUCGGAAAACAUACAGAUACAUCGUACGAAAAUAAAUCAAAUUCCGGUAACGAUGCCGACACCGCUGGACAGUGGACGGCUUGCGGUCGGUUCAACAAGUGGCUCGACCUUAGCGUCAGAUCGAGCGUGAAGAGGAUGCUCAUCAAAGCUAUACAUCUUCACAUCCAGUUCAACAAACAUCGGUGAUGGGUCAUCUUCAUCAUCGCCACCAUCACCCGGCUCAUGAUCGGCUGCUCGCUAGACUCGUUUUCGGUACUGUAUCGCGACCGACAAGCUCGCCGUCCCAACAAUACCACUGCUAUCGUCACCGACACGUACUGCGCUGGGUGCUCGUGGGGCUUAUCUCCUUCCUGAUUAACACAGGACAUGGACUGGAACAGCUUUCCGGUCAGCAGGAACCCCAAGCUGACCAGCAACCCAUCCCACCAACGCUUUCGUCGACCUCUACCCCGACCCCAACACUCCCGCCGUGCGAACAGCGUGCCCUGGACGAUAUCCCACCCGAUCCAUUCUACGAUGUGUCGGACAUUACGAUCAGUGCGGCAAAAUCGUUUGCCGAUUUUCUCGCUAGCCGCAAGAUAGAUGGUACGUCUCGUGAUGAUCGCAAAUUUGCACUCGCCCGCGAGAAAGCCAACGAGUUGGCAACCAGCGUACUGAAGCAGGACGAUGGAUUGUUGUUGGCAGUUGGCAUUGCGUACCCGCGGCUUCCACUGGCCGUGGUACAGUUUCGGGAUCAGAUCGACAGCGCACACGUCAAUCUGUCCGAGAGCAAGAACUUCCUGUCAACGUACUGGCGCGAGCUGGGAGCUGCAUGGAACCAGAGCAAUGGCGCACAGUUCUGGGGUGCUCCGUUUCGUGACUGCGGCCCCUUAUACGGACGGUGGCUUUGGCCGUACAGCGUUACCGUGGAGUCACAGGGUGUCAAAAUCGUAGCUUCGGCGUUCAUUGCAGCCGACGUGGAUCAAUGCAACGAUGCCCUGGAAUCAAUUUUUGGCCGUCGUCAUGUUUGCGAUCGUGAGUCCACCUUCUGUCUGCUGUCGGAGCUGGACGCCUCCAAGCCCCGGGGCAAGUAUACUUGCGUCUGUCGCCCCGGUUACUACAUUCCCAACGAAUCAAUACAGGGGUUUUCAUCCGAGAAAGACGAUGGCAACAUUACAAACUUUAGCUGCAUUCCUUGCCCAAGUGCAUGCGAGUGUGACUCGGAGGGUAGCUGCAGCAGCCCGGACGAGGACUUUAGCACCGAAACACUCAUGAAGGCUACGAUCGGUGCUAUCUUAGGAGCUUGUAUGCUUUGUUGUUUAGUGUUAGCGUUAAUUGUAUUCCGCCAACGGAAGUGCAAGACCAUUGCAACCGGGAUGUGGACCAUUUUAGAAACAAUUUUAUUCGGCAUUUUACUUCUAUACUUAGCGGUUGCGCUACACUUCCUGCAGGCAUCGACUGUGCGUUGCCUGCUGGAGCCGUGGUGUCGCGAGCUGGGCUUCAUCAUCUGCUACGGUGCUAUCGUGCUCAAGCUGUACCGUCACCUGGUGGAGUUCCGCACCAGAAAAGCUCAUCGAUGGGUUGUGAGAGAUCUCGAUCUACUGCGCUACCUGUGCGCCAUGAUCGUCGCGGUGCUGUGCUAUCUGGCCGCCUUUACCGCGACCAGUCUCGACUUUUUACAGUACAGCGAGCUGGUAUGGCAGAUGGACCAACCGCAGUCGAUGGACGCCGAGCAGGUCGCGUCCAAUAUGUGUCGCCCACUUCGCUGGGACUACGUAACCGAGGCCGGCGAGCUGCUAAUACUCGGCUUCGGUCUACAGCUAGCCAUCGCCAGCCGCAACGCAAACACACAAUUUCGGGAGCGACAGUUUUUAGUAGCCUCCAUACUGAUCGAGUUUCUCGUCUCGUCCACGUUCUACAUACUGCGCUUCUGGUAUUUGGAGGAGUUUAAUCCGUCUACACUGUUCUUAGCACUGUUUGUGCGCUCGCAGCUGACCAACACCGUGACGUUGGGUUUGAUUUUUCUGCCCAAACUCUGGUACCAGCAUAAACAGGUUCGUUCCCUUGCCCAUGACGUAUCAUUCCGCUUACCUGUGGAUGCUUUCAAGGGUGCACAUGAGAGUACACACCAUGGCGGGGCGCUCGGCACAUACGCUGGCAUCUGCAUGGGUGACCCGGAGGUCGGCGACGUCACAAUAUCGGAGAUGAGUCCCGAGGACAUCAGAGCCGAGCUGAAAAGACUGUACACACAACUAGAAUAUUUAAAAAAUAAAACCCUUCGCCAAGACAAUCCCCACAUAAGCAAGCGAAGAGGAGGCAGAAAGGUGGCCCAUCGAAGAUUCUCACUCCAGAAAAAAGGAAGCCGAGAAAAGGCACUGAGCGCUAAACAUCGCCACAAUCGUCCAGCGGUGAGCGAAGUGGAAGUGACCGAAGCGGAACCGUCCCGUACGCCCGAGGACAGCGUGUGCAGCGUCGAGGGCCCAACCGACACCGGUACCGGAACUGGCGAGAUUUCCGGCAUUUCCAGUUCCAAAUAGCUACUGUCGGCCGGUGCGGUGCAAUCGCAACAGUCUGGCGGCCGAUCGCGCUACAAGGAAUACAAUUUUUAAGCAGUGGCAGCAGCAGCAGCAGCAGCAGUAGCAUUCCACAGA